AUGGACCCGGGCGCCUGCAGCACCUCGGUGGCCGACGCCGCCGGGGAGUGCGAGCGCGGCGUGCCCAGGGUCUGCGGGGUCUGCGGGGACAGAGCCACCGGCUUCCACUUCAACGCCAUGACCUGCGAGGGCUGCAAGGGCUUCUUCAGGAGGAGCAUGAAGAGGAAGGCCAUGUUCACCUGUCCCUUCAGCGGGGAGUGCCACAUCACCAAGGACAACCGGCGGCACUGCCAGGCCUGCCGGCUGAAACGCUGCCUGGACAUCGGCAUGAUGAAGGAGUUCAUCCUUACGGACGAGGAGGUGCAGAGGAAGAGGGAGAUGAUCCUGAAGAGGAAGGAGGAGGAAGCCCUGAGGGAAAGCCUCAAACCCAAACUCUCAGAGGAGCAACAGAAAGUCAUCGACAUCCUGCUCGAGGCCCAUCGCAAAACCUACGACCCCACCUAUGCUGACUUCACCAAAUUUCGGCCCCCUGUGAGGAGCCAACCCAGCAGCAGAGGGGCCACAAAAUCCUCAUCCCUGCUCACCCAGGACCUGUCCUCAGAGGAUUCCUCAGAUCUCUUCAGCUCCGAGGCCUUCAGCACAUUCCCAGACCCCGCGGAGCCGCCGCCGUUCCCCAGCCUGGCGCUGCAGGAGGAGCAGGACGAGAGCUCCUCGGUGAACCUGGAGUUCUCCCAGCUCUCCAUGCUCCCACACCUGGCUGACCUGGUCAGCUACAGCAUCCAGAAGGUGAUCGGCUUUGCCAAGAUGAUCCCGGGAUUCAGGGAUCUGUCUGUGGAGGACCAGAUCGUGCUGCUCAAGUGCAGCGCCAUGGAGGUGAUCAUGCUGCGCUCCAACGAGUCCUUCACCCUCGAGGACAUGUCCUGGACCUGCGGCAGCAGCGACUUCAAGUACAGGGUCAGCGACGUCACCCAGGCCGGGCACAGCAUGGCCCUGCUGGAGCCACUGGUGAAGUUCCAGGUGGGGCUGAAGAAGCUGAACCUGCACGAGGAGGAGCAUGUGCUGCUCAUGGCCAUCUGCAUCCUGUCCCCAGACCGGCCGGGCGUGCGGGAGCCGCUGCGGGUGGAGGCGCUGCAGGAGCGGCUCUCGGAGGUGCUGCAGAGCUACAUCCGCGCCCGGCACGCCGCGCCCGGCGGCCGCCUGCUCUACGCCAAGAUGAUCCAGAAGCUGGCGGACCUGCGCAGCCUCAACGAGGAGCACUCGCGGCAGUACCGCUGUCUGUCCUUCCAGCCCGAGCACAGCAUGCAGCUCACGCCGCUGCUGCUCGAGGUCUUCGGCAACGAGAUCUCCUGAGCGCCCGCACGGCAGGAGCGGCCCCGCAGCGCUGCGGGACGGGGAACCGGCGCUGGGUGUGCGGGAGGAGCUGAGCCCGGG